AUUUUGAGCAUUUUGGUCCCCUCCGUAUUUCAGUCUGUGAGUGACAGAACAAGAUAUCAACAAUGUUGUCAAAAUUAUGUUGUACAGGUGCGGGAGCUGCUCGAGUUCAUGGGGAAGAUGAGACUUUUCUACCUGCAAGAAUCAUUGCUAAGGCAACCAUGUAGGUCUACUUACCCGUCUUUCUUUGCCCCAUCUUACUCGCCCCCAAAUCUUUGCCUUUCUACCACUUAAGUUUAUAACAGACCUUCAAUGAGAUCCUCGAAUCCCCAAAGAAGAAACAAGAAGGGGGAUCUAGUCCAUCCCGAUCGAUUUGUGGUAACGCCCUAUCAUGACAGUGUAUACAAUACCAACUACAUGUGGGCGGAUACAGCGGAAAGUUCUAGGAAUAGUAGAAGUUCAAGUGAUGAACGACUUCGCCAAAGUUAAGAUGUUAGGAGGGAGGAGAGAGAACUUGAGAAAGCAAGGUUACUGGAGAAUGCCGCCGGGAGUUGGGUACAGAUGCGUCAUCUGUCCCUGACGACGAUAUUCUAUCAACCAAAAUCCUUCAGCAGAAAGAUAUGGCUCUUUGCUGCCCUAGCCUCCGAUCACGACGAACAUUAUCUCAACCUUCGAAAGGUUCCUAUAAGCGAAAAAGCAACAAAAACAAUACGCAUCUUCAGAAUAAUUCCUGACUUAAUGUCAAUUCAACGAUCUCGACGGAGGCCAAAACAGCCACAGUAACGGACGAGGGAACCGUUUGGGAGAUUCAUUACUGUCUUUUCAUGUAAAAAACACCAAAAAAACGCACAUUCACUUCACUUCGCGAGCUGGCUUGGUUUCUUAAUGUCGGGAGGAAGAUUUAGGGUUUGGUGGUGCAACAUAACGAAGAGGAUGCAAAGGGAGGGACGGAUUUUUCAUUUCGACUGUCUAAUCAUAAUGAUGGUGAUCGUUUUCAUGUAUCUGCCGCUGGAGUUGUUUGGAGCGAGUCAUUUCUUGAUAAAUCUUAGUAAUAAAGCAAAUAAAACAAGCAGCACGUUGGGG